CGCUGGCUGGCUGGCUGUCUGGCUGAAAAUAGUGAACGAAGUCCGAGUUUUCGAAAUAUGUUCGAAUAAAAAGUGAUACUGCGAAUGACUGUCGUCUAGCAAGAUGGGUGAUGACGUGAAAGAUAUCACAGAAACCGCUGAAUAUAAAGAAAACCUUGACAGGGCGAGACUGGCGCGGGAACGACGUGAAGCAGAACAGAGGAAAAGGCUCGACGAACUGCGUGCCCACGCGGCGGCUGCGCAGGCGCAGAGGGAAAAGAGAGACGAAGAACGCCGUAGAAGGCAAGCAGAACAACGUGCCAGAGACGAUGACAGAAGACAACAGGUGGAAGAACGCAAAAGAGCGAUAUGGGAGGCUUCAGUAUCGCGACGCGAAGCGCUGUUACAGCGCGAGCGCGAUCGAACCGAGCGGCUGGAACGAGCUCGCGCGGCACGCUUCUCACCACGCACCGCCUUCGCCUUCGGCUCUUCAACACCUCGUCUCCUCGAGCCUGUAGAUUCUACAGGUUUCUUCUGGGCCGCGCGCAGCACCAACCCCAUAGAUCAGAUAAACUUUUUCGAGUCACUGGCGGCAUCAACAACAAAUGUGAUGUUCGCGUCUGCGCCUCUUACGAGACCCGCUUCCGCACUGCAAUUGGAUUCAGAAAUCGACAAUAAUAGAGACGAAUCCGACCGUCCACCGCAGCCAGCAAUAUGGUCGUCUGUUGCCCGGCGGCGCACCGACUUGGUGCCGACAUUGCCGGCGCCUCGAGCCCCAGGUAGGGCCUACUCCAUGACGAGACUCGACAAGAUCCCCUCGCAGCGACCUCUACACUCGGCCUCGCCUUCGAUGCAUCACCUCAACAGGACUCAGACGCGGUCCGGUGAUACAACCCCUGGAUCCCGGCCCGGCAGCGCCAUGUCCAACGCCACCGGCGUAAUGCGCCGCGCCACCGCCGGUACCAGGAAGCAGCGGCCCGCCUCCAUAGCGGGCACAGGUGUUAAUACACCACGAGGUGGCGGUGACACGAUGUCGCAGAGCGUCGCGACGACGCCGUCGGUGUCCCGCGACGGCACCGUGGCGGGCGGUGGAGACGUUCCACGUCGCCCACAAAUCACGCCACGCCGCCCGCGCCCCGUGUCCAUGCACGCUCCCGUUAAACUCGCUCAUGUUACGCCCACUAAUCCAGCAGACGGCAAGCCGCCGGUUCAUCGAAAGCCAAAGCCAUCCAAAGAGGAAAAGACGCCACGCGGUAAGUCGAUUUCAGUGUCACCGGGCCGUAUGCUGUCACCGUCGCCGGGCCGAGCACUCUCGCCCUCGCCCUCACCUGCCGCUUCCAAAGAGCCCAGUAUCGACAAAGAAGUUCACGAGCAAAACUUCAGCGAUAAGAAUCAAGUGAGUGCUGAAGAGGUGACACAAAAACUAGAAGCAUUGCAGAUCCAAAACGGGGAGGAGCAGAUGAAAGCUCACAACCAAAACGUAGGUGAUAAGGUCAAUGAAAGCAAACAAAUCGUAGAAGAUAAGCAAGACAAAGAGGAUCAAAAGUCCACCGAAACGAAGACAGAACCGAAGCCAGACAAGAAAGAGAACGACAAGAAGGAAUCAGCUUCGGACAAGACUGAUGAUUCGGAUAUGACAGCAUCGAUGACCGCGCGACGCAUUACGACGGAAGAACAGGCAAAGGCUGCGCUUGCCGAGCGACGCCGUCGCGCCAGAGAGGAACUUGAGCGGCAGGCAGAACUUGAGAGGCAAAGACUGCAACGUGAGGCUGAGGAGGAGGCUGAACGACAGCGGCAAGAAGAGGAGAGGCAGCGGCGGGAGGAAGAGGAAGCGCGUGAGCUCGCGCAACUGCAGCGCCGCAUGGAGGAGGAGAAACUGAGAAAGGCUAUCGAGGCACAACAGCAGUUAGAGCGGGAAGAAGCGGAUCGCAAAGCACGCGAAGAAUCUGAACGCCAGGCCCGCCUCAAGGAAGAGGAAGACAAAAGAAAGGCUGCCGAAGAGGCAGAGAAGCUGCGUAAGGAAGAAGCUGAGAAGGAAGAGAAAGAACGCCUCGCACGUAAACAACGCGUUGAGGCGAUCAUGGCUCGCACUCGGCUGAAGAAGGCGGAAGAAGACAAAAAGGCGCAAGAGAACAAAGCUCAGGUGAGCCAAGGCACUCCAGCCGCGGCAUCUCCGUCCGUAGGUGCGCCGAUGCAGUCGUCUGACGCCGCCGCGCAGCCGGAACAGCCUGACAACGGCAACGCCGUAGUCACCGGAGAUUUACUAGGAUUUACCACCAGUCAGACGCAAGAAACCAAAAUUCAAGAGGUGGCACUUCAAACGAAUACCACCACCCCAGCGACAGUAGAGACGAAUACGAACACUACCCCCAACAACGGUAACGUCACUGCCGAUCUUCUGGGACUGUCCGAACAAAAUAAUAUUGAGGACAAAACCCAAGCGCAUACGACCGCAACAAACAACAAGCAGCAAGUUAUAUAUAAUUCACCAAACGCCAACGCGCCAACGGAAACAAACAACGGUAACGUCCAGCACGUAUUGGAACCAACUUCUAACGUUGGUCACAUAUCGGCCAACUUCAUACAAACAGAGCGCAUGUCCGCUGAACAUAGUCAAACAAAAUUGCCUGAAAAUGUACCAAAACUAAUCGAGGACGAUUUCACAGCACAUAACGGUCACGGGGCGACUCACAAUCAUCCUCUGACGUUGCAAAACGCGAUUUAAAUCAUAACACCUAGGAUUGAUCUUUGAAUGCAAUUAGUAUUCAUGCGUAUAUAUUGGCUGCGCAAUGCUAGUUAUGAAUGUAUAACUGCACUCACUUAACGUAUUAACUUUUUAAAGUAAGUCAACGCGUGUCUAAUAGGUACAUAUCGCGACGCACAUUUUUAUUUUAGUUUAUCAUUAUUAUUUUUUAGUCUAUUUAUCUAUCAAUGCUAAAAAAUGAAAAUGAACCAUAUACAAUUGAAUUGAAAUUUAUAAUAAAAAUAAUACUGACAUUGUUCAAUUAGUGUCUAUUGUAGAUAGAUUUUCAAUUGCUGUUGAAUGCAGACACGGGUGUAUAUUGAUGUUUGCGCAUUAGGUCGCAGCCAUUAUGUAAGCGUUGAAACUGUGUGUUGGCCGCUGCUGCUCCAAACUAUCACGUAUAAUACUAGAGAGUAUACAUACGGACCUUACGGAUGGAAUCAGAUAGAAAUAAUUAGCAAAUGCCGGUUCCUAAUCAACAUCGAAACUAACACCAUUUUGUAUCUAAAACGAAAGUUUAUUUCGUGUAUUGUCACAACACGAAAUUGACACCGUGCGAUAUUUUUCGUAAAGAAAACGAGUAGCAGUGUGUUACAGAGACGAAACUAAUUUAUAAUAAUUAUUAAUGCAUUUAUAUUGCAAUCCUUGCAAUUCUAUAUUGCAAUUAUACCAAGAUUGGCAAUUACCAUUCGUAGCUUUUUAUUUUGCUAAUUAAGAGCAGAAAAUAAUUAACGGUCAUAAUCACUCGCUUGUAUAAUUAUCUUCACAUUACUUAAAAAAAAAUCAUAUUUAAAUAAAUAUCGUUUUCCUUAAAAUUGAGGUAAAGAGUGGAUUAAAAUUAUAUAUCAUUAGAAUCCGGGAGUAAUUGAAUUACUGUUAUUCAUUAUUAUUAAUUAAAAGCGUACCAUCAUCAUCAGAUCUUUUCGGUAGUAUCACUGACAGGUUGUGUAUUAGUAGCUGUGUAACAGUAGUCUAUUGCGCAGCGCGUAUUACAAUUACCUUUUAUAAUUAUUAGUUUGUUUUUUGUGAUGUUUUUAUUAAAGAAAUUAGUUUUCGGUUGUAAACGUGUACUGGUGAAAGUGACAAACUUGCGUAGAAAAUUUGGCUUGUCUCUGUAAAUCAAAUUGACCGACCGCCCGUUAGCAACGGCGAUGGACCAAUAGAGACAAGGGACUAUAUUGCGGCUGCAAUAGAUUUUAUUAAAAAUUGCAUUCGCCUUUGCGUGCAUUGGCAACUAUACUACUCGGACUGAAUUUAAAAUAGGUAGAUGAAAGAUUAUGCCAUUUGAACAUAACCAGUGAUAAAAAAGAACUUGAAAACGAACUAUUGCGAAAUAUAUGAGUUUAGUAUUGAGAGUUUUUCAAAAUGGCUCAUAUGAUCAUCUUAGAGUGAAUAUUAUGAUGAUGUAAUUUGAUUUCUAUGUAAUUGUUCAGGACGAAGAUUAAAACGUGGUGUAAUAAUGUUUGUAGUUAGCGUUUUAAUUGGUUACAUUAUACCUGUUUCAGAUACUAUAUUACUUUAAUAAUAUAUUUGAGCAAGAAGUUUACAAGUUUUUCUUCAACAAAAAUUAAUAAAAACGAACUAUGUUAAAACGCGUAUGCGAGAUAUUCACUCUAAGACGACGAUAUAAUGUUUUCGUAUCCGUGAUAAUUAUCACACUGACAUUCGUUUACAUCUCCAACCAUUUUGGUUGCUGCAGAGACGAGUAGUGUUACUCGGAAAUUUGCAGUACGACUUGAUACAUCACAACAAAAAUAGUAACCGGAUUACAAGUACUUUACAACGGAAAAAUUAUUUCAGGAAUUAACAUUUGCAGAAGUGUACGAAGUGGGAUACAGUAAACGGAAUGAAGAAUCAUAUCAUGAUAGUCGAGUCAGUAUUUUAAAAAAUUCAAUUCUAACUAGCAGAUCUAGUGAUUCCCCUCGAACACUUCGUUUUAACAAUGUAACUCGACUAAGGCAAAUAACAGUGUAUUAAGGUAAACAUAACAAUUUAAGGAUAUUUAUAUAUAGAUAGAUAUUUAUAGUUUCAGUUUUUGCGUUUAAUGACUGGUUUUUUUUGUUGUUGUCAGACAUCAAGCAGAACUGGGGUCUAAACAUCUGACUUGAAAGUUGGCCCAAUAUGAAUGAUUUAAUGAUGAUUAACGUUUCAAUCUGACAUUUUACACUCUGCGUAAUACUAUCUUUCUAGUUGGACUCUCACGUCGUAGCUCGUUUAUUACUCGUGUCACCCGUUACCAAACAAUGUGUUGAGAUUUUACGAAACGUCUGUAAUAUUGAACUAACACCUAUAGUUACUACUCCUUAAAGUAUUUAUUUACCUUAAUACAAUUACAAACAAUUAGUUAUUGGACUAAUAAGUUAUUUACUGUAUGCAUAAACUUUUGUAUUAUAAGUAGUUAGCGUUCAAAAUAUAAAAUAUCCGUUUUAAUUUUGCUACUGUUUCCUUAUUUAAUUUAUACUCAGUUUAUAAUCAAUAAUAUCAUAUUAACAAUCUGAGUCCGCUACUUCUAUUUGUACAAUGUAUUAAAUUUGUAUUUGUUAUACAGAUGUAUUUCAACCUAGGAAUAUUAUAUUAAAUCAAUUGCUUUCAUGAAGUGGCUUUAAUGGGAAAUUCGCCAUUUUUAAAUAGUUUAUUCCUUAUGUAUAGUGUAAUAGGGUGUACUAUAGUAACACGAAUGUUCCACAUUAUACGAUCAGUCUUUAUUAUACUAUAAUAUUAUUAUGAAAUUGUCAUAUUUAUGUACCGACUCGUACUUGUUUGUAUUCCUAUAACACAAUGUGAACGUAAUAUAAACGGUGGAAAUUGGAGAUAAAUGUUUAUAGCUACAGAAAAGCUGACCUCACUUGGUCCUACAGAGGCCAAGUAUUUGAUUCUAAAGAGACAGAUUGUAACAGGAGCGAAUGGCAUGAAAUCAGUUUUGUAAAAAUUGCCUUAUUAACUAUUAAAUUUUUUCAAAAUUGUGAAUGCCAGUCGAAAUACCUUCAAAGGUUUGUGGCCUCUUCCUGUCCCGAUGGGAAAGGGUAAUGAAGUGUAUUUGGUAUGUAUGUAACUCUUUCAAAAUUCAUGCAGUCUUCAGGGGUCGUUUUCCUGUAGCUAAAAUUGCUGGCCUCGCUGAUCCGUCUCAAAUUUCCACCCUGUAUAUUAUUUUUGCUUCAUUCAAUUAUAGCUAUCAUACCUACAAGGUAUUACAAAGGUGUGGCUUACUGUAGCGAUUAGCAAAAGUAUAUUUUUUCUAUUAUAUAAUAAGUGAUAGCACACUGAAUGGAUUGUUUUAAAGUUUGACUACUACGAAUCUGGUUUAUCAAAAACCAGUCGCGUAAAAUAGAUGCGUCCCAUUUUUUACAAUCAGAAAUCGAUGUUCUGCUAUAGAGAUCAACUCCAAGGCAAAAUAGUAAUCUCUUAUUUGUAAAGUCGUGCUAGGCUUCACAGUUUGCCUUUCAUUAUGGUUCACAUACCGAACGCGGAGUUGACAGUAUUGUAAAUUUUAUUUGAAAACCCCGGCGUUUUGGUAAGCUUGACAACUGGGAAGCACCUUUUGUAACACCAAUUGUUAAAUAUAAUCUAAACUACAAACUACGAGUAACAUGCAUAAUUAAAUGUGCAAUCAUAAUUACGUAUUUUGAAUAACGACGCUGUGGUAAACAAGCCUUAUUGUUUAUAAUAACAGUGUAUAACAUUGUCACUUUUGCUUAAAUUAGGUUCUUUUGCUAAUUGUACAUUUAUUAAAAUAAUCAUGUAUUCUGAUGAUU